AAUUCUCCUUUUCUUUUCGACACCCGAUAGAGUCUACGGUCAACUCGUUUUUCCACCGUUCGACACCUUCCCAUAGUUGGUGACGUCACCGGUAGUCUCCGAUUAGGACCCGCGCACGCUACCGUGCUCCUCCGCAGAAUCAUAACAAUCUCUCCUUGGUUUGGCUUCUCCUGAAGUUUCUUCAAAAGUUUGGAUCGAAAAACCCAAAACCACAACUGUCUCCCAGUUCCGCCACUUUGGCGAAGUUCCCAGGCACCUGAGCACCGCAGGAACACUUCCCGAAUAUCCGGCAGCCAUCCUUCAAAUCCCGGCGAUACUUAGGCGAUUUCCGAUAUAGCUUUGGCGACGAACUUGAAAGCACAGCAGGUUUAAAACAUAUUUCUUCUCUUUCUGGGACAAUUGCUGGGAAAUUACUUCUGAGCAGAUUGCCAAGGACACGCUAUUUGCACUGUGAGGAAGGAGUGCUUAAAGAAAAGAAUCUAACUGUAAACAGAAAUUGUUUGCACGGAUCAAGGAUUUCUGCUUCCAACCUGUUUUCCCUCUGCUUCCCCGGAGUUGUGUUCUGCAUAGAAGAUUUAAAUGGCUAACAAGUCAAGACCAAAACCUAGCAAAUUGGCCGUCUACCUUUACAUACCCAAUAUCGUUGGAUACACAAGGGUUCUCAUGAACUGUUUUGCAUUUGCUAUAUGCUUUUCCAACAAAAGGCUUUUCUGCCUUCUCUAUUUUAUUAGUUUUGUAUGUGAUGGAAUUGAUGGUUGGUGUGCUCGUAAAUUCAAUCAAGUAUCAACCUUUGGAGCUGUUUUGGAUAUGGUUACUGAUAGGAUUAGCACUGCUUGUCUAUUAGUAAUGCUCUCCCAAGUAUACAGACCUGGCUUGGUUUUUGUGUCAUUGCUUGCCCUGGAUAUUGCUAGCCAUUGGCUGCAGAUGUACAGCACAUUCUUGUUAGGCAAAUCUAGCCAUAAAGACGUGAAAGACAGCUCUAAUUGGCUUUUCAAGGCUUACUAUGGGAAUCGGAUGUUCAUGGCAUACUGCUGUGCAGCUUGUGAGGUUCUCUAUAUUAUCUUAUUCCUCAUUGCAAAAACAGAGAAUGAAAAUUUGAUGGAUGUUUUUACAGAAUCUAUGAAGGAGUGCUCACUUAGCUCUAUCCUACUUGGCUUAAGUUUGUUCGGAUGGGCAAUCAAGCAAACCGUAAAUGUCAUUCAGAUGAAGACAGCAGCAGAUGUUUGUGUGCUGUACGAUAUCGACAAAAAGGAGAAGCAUUAAUGUGUUUCCUCAGUUUUCAAUGUUCACACUCAGCACUGGUAGCCAAUGAACUAUGUUUUGGCCUUUUAACUUGAACAAUGUUUAGAGUGACAUACGAAAGUACAAUUUUUUACCUUGUGAUUUAAUGGAAGAGGUUUCAAUAUGAUUUUCUUUCAA